AUGUCACCACAAACAGAAACUAAAGCAAAGGUUGGGUUCCAAGCUGGUGUUAAAGAUUAUAAAUUGACUUAUUAUACUCCUGAAUAUCAAACCAAAGAUACUGAUAUCUUGGCAGCAUUCCGAGUAACUCCUCAACCAGGAGUUCCGGCUGAAGAAGCAGGUGCAGCGGUAGCUGCAGAAUCUUCCACUGGUACAUGGACAACUGUGUGGACCGAUGGACUUACCAGCCUUGAUCGUUAUAAAGGACGCUGCUACGAGAUAGAGCCUGUUCCUGGAGAAGAUAAUCAAUUUAUUGCUUAUGUAGCUUAUCCCUUAGACCUUUUUGAAGAAGGUUCUGUUACUAACAUGUUUACCUCCAUUGUAGGUAAUGUAUUUGGGUUCAAGGCUUUACGCGCUCUACGUCUGGAAGAUUUGCGAAUCCCUAAUGCUUAUGUUAAAACUUUCCAAGGUCCUCCUCACGGAAUCCAAGUUGAGAGAGAUAAAUUGAACAAGUAUGGACGUCCCCUAUUGGGAUGUACUAUUAAACCAAAAUUGGGUUUAUCCGCUAAGAAUUAUGGUAGAGCAGUUUAUGAAUGUCUCCGCGGGGGACUUGAUUUUACCAAAGAUGAUGAAAAUGUGAACUCCCAACCAUUUAUGCGUUGGAGAGACCGUUUCUUAUUUUGUGCCGAAGCAAUUUAUAAAUCACAGGCCGAAACAGGUGAAAUCAAAGGACAUUAUUUGAAUGCUACUGCGGGUACAUGUGAAGAAAUGCUAAAAAGAGCUGUAUUUGCUAGAGAAUUGGGCGUUCCUAUCGUAAUGCAUGACUACUUAACAGGUGGAUUCACUGCAAAUACUACCCUGUCUCACUAUUGCCGCGAUAAUGGUCUACUUCUUCAUAUCCACCGUGCUAUGCAUGCAGUUAUCGAUAGACAAAAAAAUCAUGGUAUGCACUUUCGUGUAUUAGCUAAAGCCUUACGUAUGUCUGGUGGAGAUCAUAUUCACGCUGGUACUGUAGUAGGUAAACUUGAAGGAGAGAGGGAGAUUACGUUAGGUUUUGUUGAUUUACUACGUGAUGAUUAUAUUGAAAAAGAUAGAAGUCGCGGUAUUUAUUUCACUCAGGAUUGGGUUUCUUUACCAGGUGUUAUCCCUGUUGCUUCAGGGGGUAUUCACGUUUGGCAUAUGCCUGCUCUGACCGAGAUAUUUGGAGAUGAUUCUGUACUCCAAUUCGGUGGAGGAACUUUAGGACACCCUUGGGGAAAUGCACCUGGUGCCGUAGCGAAUCGAGUAGCUCUGGAAGCAUGUGUACAAGCUCGGAAUGAGGGACGUGAUCUUGCUCGCGAGGGUAAUGCAAUUAUCCGUGAAGCUUGCAAAUGGAGUCCUGAAUUAGCUGCUGCUUGUGAAGUCUGGAAGGAAAUCAAAUUUGAAUUCCCAGCAAUGGAUACUUUGUAA